GUAAUUCGAAAAUGUGCAUUGUGUAUAUUUUUGGGAUAUAUAUCGGCGACCGAAUUGAACGUGUGCUUGAAUUCCAGCAGAAGUAUCCCAUGAUAAUAUAACUUUUCUUUGUCUUAUAAAUCAUCUCAUAAUCAUUAAUACAAUCAUGAGUGCCAAGAACAUUUACUACUCAGACAAGUACUUCGCCGGAGACUUUGAAUAUAGGCAUGUGAUGCUGCCCAAAGACAUAGCAAAGCUAGUACCGAAUCAUCUAAUGUCUGAAAAAGAAUGGAGGGCGAUUGGUGUUCAGCAGAGCCAAGGAUGGAUAAACUAUAUGGUCCAUUCACCAGAGCCUCACAUCCUUCUCUUCAGGAGACCAAUCACAAAACCACUUGGGGAUCACAACCAAUGACCUGUGAGAUUCUGAGAGGAAUAUCAACCAGUGUUACAAUAUAGCCAUAAGAGCAAUGAACUGGAAAACAAACAUAUUUGUCAGCUGUGAAUUCUUCACCCAUCAAUACUGCUCCAUCUUUGGACACAAUUCAGAUGCAGACUUGGUGAAAAACACAAGGAAUGAUAAUUUGCUCUUUUUUUCAGAUGUAAUUUGUGUAUUCUAUUUAUGUAUCAAAUCAAUAGAUAUAUUGUGAAAUAAGAUAUCUUAUGCUUGGAUGAAAACGGGAGGAAAUCAAGUGCCUGCAAUAAAAGUCCAAACACUUAGUACCUUCAUUUCAUUUCUCUGGCAAUGCUAAUGCCUAUUCAGUAGUCACUUUGACUUUGUUAAGUUUGAUUGAACCCUUGUUUUUUUCCACUUCAUAAACUUCUUCAUGUACCCUCUCCAUUUCUAUAUUGACAUAUAACUUGAUCUUCGGUAAGCGUCACUAAAUUAAUAUAAAAGUGAUUCCGUUCAUUUCUCUUUGUACAAUUUUGACAAGAAGUACAACAGCAUCUCAGGAGUCAGAAUGGCGUUGAUGUUUGUGGUAAAAAUAUAUGAGUUGAACUUUAUGCCCUUCUGGCUGUCAGCAGGAGAUAUAGCAAAGAAAAA